UAUUGAGGUUCCCAUAAAAGAUGGCUCUGAAACUGAUUUACAGAUGUCUGAAUCUAUUGAUAUUACAUUCUAUGGCUACAUUGCGUAUUAUAGCAUCAUCGUAAUGGUCUGAUCGUUCCUAAUAGUAACCCAUUCGUUAAGGCUCGUAAGAGAAUUCAAAAGAAAUCUAAAGGACAUUUUUAGGAUAAUUCAGAUCUUCCUGUUGAUCGAAUACUUGGUAUCACUAAUGAUCAUCGAUGGAGUGAGAUUUAUUAAUAACUUUAAGUAUUAUACCAAGUCGACCUUUGCUUACACCUUGGUUGGCUUCUAUUUAUCAGACCUUACAAAUAUAACUUGUUGGGUGACUCUGAGUAUUCACACGAAGUACUAUACAAACAGAGAAGGUCAACCGAGAAAUAAUUGAGAAAUAGAACCGAUUCAGAUGGAACUUAAAUUGAGGAAAAUUAGGAAAUAUGAGUACUUCAUCAUGCUCCUGGUGAUCACCUACAUUGUAGUUUCUUGUACUGCUAUUUUGGGAUUUAAUAUCAGUUAUUAUAUUUUCUACGAUUGUUCAGAUUGUAGUGAACACCAUAACUCUUUGGAGCAAAAUUGUGAAAGCAAAUGCUUAAAGGCGUAUCAAAUGUAUCAAUACCUUUCCAACUCUACCUCAAUUAUUGGAGCUGUGGUAGUAAUUCUAAAAGUGAUGGUGACGUGGUAUGUGCUUUACUUGCUCAAAAAUCAUCUCAAUUUUUAUUAUAAACUCAAGAAGAACAAAAUCAUAGCUGCGAUGUUUCUAUCUAUAGCUGCUAAUAUCACGAUGGUGUUGUAUAGCUUCGUUCCUAUGUUCUCAAGAAUUGAUUUGAAAAGCCAUUACGAUGAUAAAAUUUCAAUGAGUUUAGUGCAAUUGUCGUAUGGAAUAAUCCUACCACUCAUCUUCAGGCUUUUACCAAUAUUUUUACUCGUCGUUAACAUCCAGGGGAUGUACUUUUUAUCUUAUAUGAAGAAUAUAAUGAAGGGGUGAAACAUUGGAAAUUAUCUUAAGGAUGCCUCUAUUUUUAUCAGAUCUAGUAAGAAGUGCAGGUGCUUCGAAGAUGAGAGUGAAAAGUCCUGAAUCAUGACUAAUAAUAAAUCCUGUUUGCUCAUGGAAGAUAAUGAAGAUUCACAUGAGGCUUCUUGCCAUAGUAAAAAUUCAUUUUGAAAUACCCAUGCUAAUAGCCUUAUAAUUUCAGAAGUAUGCACAGAAAAUUCAGAAAAUUUUGACCUCUACAAGAAAGAGUAUGAAAAUUUUAUGAGAUCAGAUAAAAACCUUUGAUCCACUUUUAGAGAGGAUUAUAGCUCUGCUUAUUAACCUAAUUUUUUAUUUUCAAUC